UUCACCUUUAGACAAUCUAUUUUCUUGGAUCUCCAUGUAAACUUCAUAUUGCUCCUACAUAUAAAUACAACCCUAGUUAAAGCAUUUCAUCUUUCCCUCAUAAUAGUAACAAUUAUCAUUUUUCCCCUUUUCUUUCUUGUGAAUCAAUAAAAGAAGAAAAAGGGAAAAAAAAAUCAUAUUAAAAAAAUGUCUCUCCACAACCAAAUCUUGCUUUUCAUUUCCCUUUCUUUUCUUGUUUUUCAAUUCAACAUUGCUACCCCAACCCCCUCCCCAAUAGGUAUUUCCUAUAUAUCGGCAUCGCCAAAUGGCUCACCGUCAUCAUCACCAUCACCAUCACCAUCACCAUCAUCAUCAUCUUCCGCGCAAAAUCUUGAAAUGCCAAAUGGCAAUGUUCAAUUAGGUAACAAAGAGUCCGUCCACAAUUACGUUGACUCGCUUAUGGAAACCUCUGUUACAAGAACAGAGCAAUUUCUCGAUAACGUGAUCGAGAAACGUUUGGCCGAUCCAGCAGCUGACGCAUUCGUUAAAGAUUGUCUUUUGGUAUGCAAAGAGGUGUACGAAAACGCAGUGGAUGCGAUGAAAAAAACAAUGGAAGAUAUGGAUAGUGGUGCUUAUUAUAGUGCAAAUGUGGACCUUAGUGCUUUGUCUACCGACUUAGAUACUUGCAUGGAUUGUGUUAAAGAAAUUUAUGGUGAUGAUCAAGAUUUUAUCAAGUUUGAUGAUUGGGCAGAAAAAGUUACUACUGAUGCCAUGGAAAAAAUUGUCGGCUUUAGCAGUUAAAAAACAAACAAACAGAUUUUAACUUAUGUGCGCUGAUAGUA